CUCACAGCUCAGCUCAUCACAGCUCAGCUCCUCAGUCACAGACAGCCAACAGCAUGGACACCAAGAUCAUCCUCCUUCUCCUGGUCACAGCCCUCGCUGCUCUCCACACCACACAAGGGUUUCCAGCAUUCCCACCUAUCUCAUGUUGCACCCGGGUGGUUAAUUACUUCACCAAACACCUGGGGAAACGGGUCACGAAAGUGGAGAUUCAGAAAACUAAUCACUGCACGAUCAAGGCCGUUGUGCUUCACACAAGCAAACGUAAGCUUUGCGUAGAUCCCAAUAACAAGGCUCUGAAAAAGUGGCUGAAGGCGAGAAAGAUCCCCAUGUGAGGGUGUGCGAGCGACGACCAGGACGAGGGGAGGGGAAGGGGAGACCCCGGAUGGAAGUGAACCCCAACUACGGAAAGCUCACAUGUGCCACUUGCUCCGAGGCCUUCAGUCAUCCAGACACACAGGCCUCUCGCCUACACCUGUCCC